AUGAUGAAUGACUCACCCGACUGAGGGUCAAGUCCGUGAGUGCCGAGGUGUUGAGCGUAAUGAAGUGUCGUCGUGAUGGUCUGUGUCCCGCGGUGGAGCCUCUCGGGGUGGCUUGCCUGGGUGUUCCGCGGGUGUUGUUUCUGCUCCGAGGUGCAUGUAAUGGGCAGGACUGUUCGUGUUUAUCGCAGUGUUGCUUGGGUGCUUCGCCGAGCCACCGAAUACAUAGGCACUGACCCAAGUGAACCUCGCGGCACAGGAUGUUGUCUUGACCAGCAAAAGAAUACUUCGUUACGUGGGCGGUACACAGGCGGCAGUGGCACCUGGGCGUCCCCUCCCUCCCUCCCGCAGGUGCCAGAAAGCAUCGCUCGCCACGACUCGCCUUCAGCAGGAGCCGCGACUCUCACAGAAGAUAGCCGAGAAGUGACAUGCACAGCGACGCAUUGCGGCUACUGGACACCCGCCAAGGUCAAGCAUGGAACUUUGUUUUUGGCUCAAGUUCUCCUUAGCUUUGAGAUUUAGAAGGGCAACGGAGGUCAUAACGCUGCGGGACGCUUUUGAAGGUCUUGUUUUCUGCCUUCGACAAGAACAGAAUGCUGGUUUCUUUUCAACCUUCUGGUCUCCGAAGCAGCCAUUCACUGAUUCCCGCAGCAGUCGUGUGAACCAAAUGUAGCUCUACGUCUACUUACCUCCUACAUACGUUCAUGGAAGUGUCUCGAGAUGCGUCGCUGGCCGAUUGUGGGAAAGAGGAACAAGAACUGUGUUGAAUCAGUGUCCGUAUUGCUGGACGUGUGCAGGCUUGUGUAGUGCAGGGACCAGUGUGUAAUAGUGCCAGUUUUUAUAAAAUUGUUUGUUCGUUUAUAUAGAUUUAUGGCACUGGUAAAGUAAGGACCGGGAGCACUUACCUUUAGAGCUGCAAAGGGAUUCUUGGCUUUGUUCAUAGAGUGAGUCGAUGCAGGAUGGUAAGAGAGGUGCCGAUAGCCGCCCCGAUAUGUUCAGUAACUUUUUUUUUCUCCAUCACUCCUGUGGAAGCUGUAGCCAUUAUCAUUAAAGGAGAAAAUAC